AUUGUACUUAUGCGUUGUUCGCGGCGCACAUGCCAUGCUGAUCAUCGACCGGUGAUAUUUGCAAUACCAAAGUCGAGCUUUUUCCUCGUUAGUGUUUGGAAUUAGAUUCUAGAUAUCGGAAAAUGGUUUUCUUCUUUACGAGCGAUGUGGUGCAACCACCAGUGACGUUGUUCAUGGGAGUUGACAAGUAUGAAAAUGAGGAUCUCAUAAAGUGGGGUUGGCCAGAAGAUGUUUGGUUUCACGUUGACAAAUUCUCAUCGGCCCACGUAUACUUGAGAUUAAAAUAUGGUCAAACGAUAGAUGACAUUCCUGGCAGCGUUCUGGAAGAUGCAGCCCAGUUAGUCAAAGCCAACAGUAUUGAAGGAAACAAAGUCAAUGACAUCGAUGUCGUUUACACUAUGUGGGCAAAUCUCAAAAAGACCCAAGGCAUGGACGUUGGUCAAAUUGGUUUCCACAAGGAAAAAGAAGUCCGUAAAAUACAUGUGUCUAAACGCCUCAAUACUGUAGUUAAUCGUCUAAACAAAACUAAAGAGUCUAGAGAAGUGAACUUCCGCGCUGAGAGGGAAGCAAGAGACAGAAGCGAGCGAGAAGAUAAGAAAAAGUUACUAAGAGAACAGAAGGAAAAGGAAAAGGCUGAAGAAAAGAGACGUCAAGAGGAAGCUGAGCUGAGGAGCUACAACUCUUUAUUCAGCUCUGCCAAAAUGACUACCAACACAGACAAUUCAGGUUACGAUUCAGAUGAUUUCAUGUGAUGAACUCAUUAAAUCAAAAUUACUUUAUAACUAAUUAAUGUAUAUUGUUCUAAGAUUCUCUUUACUGUACAAAACUUCAAUAGAUAAUUUUAACCUGAA